AUGCCUCAGCCCAGCAUAUCAAGUUGUUUCAAAGCGAUUUCUAAACAUGAGUGCGAUUACUCACUGAUACCAUUUGAGAAUUCCAGUAACGGACCAGUUGUUUUAUCGUAUGAUUUGUUUCGAGACUUCUUUGUACAACACUCGCAUCGAGAUUGGCAGCAGUUUAAAGGACCUGAUUUUGAAGUUAUUGCAGAACAGUUUGUGUCAAUCCAUCAUAAUUUCAUCUCGUUUGGUCGUGAUUUGGGUCACGUGCAAAGAAUAUACUCGCAUCCUCAAGUUUGGUCGCAGUGUAACCGGUUUUUAGAGCAACUAGAAGAACAGUGUGAUCAUAAAAUCGAGAAGAUCGAUGUUUCUUCAACUUCUAAAGCGGUUUCCGUCUUGAGUAUGAUUAAAAGUCGAGAUCAGCAGGGGAAGAGUGCGGCAAUAGCAUCAGCUACAGCUAGUGAGAUACACGGAGUGCCAAUUCAGCGAACUAAUAUUGAGGAUGUCCAUGAUAAUACCACCCGGUUUUUAGUUUUAGGAAAUCGUGGUAGUGGUGGAAUGAUCCACUUUACACCUCGUACAGAUAAAAAGUUGUCCGAGAAGAAGAUGACACUACUAACAUUUAUUAUUAAGGACAAUGAUAAUUUCGGUAGCUUGUGCAACAUUCUCCAGGUUUUCAAGCAGCAUAAUUUGAAUCUACAAACCAUUUCCACACGACCUUCUAGAAUAAGUGCCUGGAGGUACGUAUUUUUUGUGGAGGUCUGGUAUGAAGAAAAGCCUCUAUCUGCCGCAUUGGUGGAGUUGGACACUAUGGUUUUGGAUUUAGCGGUGAUUGGAACGUUCUACAGGCCGAACAAGUUUUUUGACAUGGUUGGGAAAAGAGGCUAG